AUGUAUAACAAAAAUCCCUCAAGAUACCCUUAGCCAGGAGGUGGAGCAGCACCUGAUCAAUAGAACUACUAGCAUGCGGAUGCAUAUGGAUAAUAGCAAUAGUAUAAUAACGCUCAAUAUGGAGCUAAUACAUAUAAUGCAGCCCAGACUGCUUAAUAUUAGCAAUAUCAGCAGAAUGAUUAGAAUAAUCAGCAGUAUUAGACGACAUAGAAUGAUCAAUACAACUAUCAAAAUAACGAAGUUAAAGCAACUAACAAUUAUGGAAGUCAGCCUCAAACUGCUAAAAAUUCCUUAGAGGAAUUUAAUUCUGACAAGAGUUUGUUAAGAAUGACGACAGACAGAGUACCAAAUACAAACACGCUAUAAAAGGAGAUAGCUCUUCCUCUAGGAGUUAUAGUCAAGCCUUAUGGAGACCUACCCACUGUAAACAUUUAUAAUAAAUUAUAUUAUUACCAGGGAGAGGAAACACCUUCUGUGUCAUUUGGACAAAAGCCAAUUGUAAGAUGCAAGGAUUGCCGUGCGUAUGUAAAUCCUUUUAUAAGGUUUAUUGAGAAUGGGAUGAAAUGGAUCUGCAAUAUUUGUGGAGAUAUCAACCCAACUGACAACUACUACUACUCUCCAUUGAAUUCAGUCGGAUUAAGAUAGGAUUAUGAAGAUCGUGUUGAACUAAGACAGGGUUCAGUAGACUUUGUUGCAAGCAAUGAGUAUAUGAACAGACCGCCUAUGCCACCAACUUACGUGUUUGUUUUGGAUGUCUCAAAGCCUGCUAUAGACACUGGAUAUCUUUAACUAGCAACUUCAACAAUAAAAUCAGUAGUUGAAAAUAAACUAUUGCCAGGAGGAGAAAGAACUAGAAUUGGAUUUAUCACAUAUGACUCAAGCGUGCACUUUUAUAAUCUAAGAUCUACUUUGAAGUAACCACAGAUGUUUGUGACGACUGAUACUGAGCAAAUAUUUAUUCCCUAGCCAGAAGACUUAGUUGUCAAUCUAAGCGACAGCUAUGAUUUAGUGAUAAAUCUUUUGGAUAAUUUACCUUAAUAUUUCGUUAAAACUCAAGUCAUUGACAACUGUUUCGUAUCAGCACUUCAGGCGGCUAAUUUAAUAACAAAUUCAAUUGGAGGCAAAUUGAUAUUUUUCUAAUUAGCUCAAACUAUAAUUAAGCAUCCAAUGCUUGCUCCUAAAACACUCCCAAAUACUGCUGAACGUAUAGACCUAGUUAAUUCCACCAACCCCUAUUUUGCCAAUACUGGCACUGAACUAGGUCAUUUGCAUAUGUCCUGUGACUUGUUCAUUUUCACUCAUGGCAAGAAUUAAUACAAAAAUUUGUAGACUUUCGCUGACUUAGCUAGAAAAUCAUCUGGAAACCUAUUUUACUAUUAAGACUUCAAUUCAAGGACUUUUGGUCUGAAGUUCUCAAAUGAACUUUAUCACAGCUUAGUCAGAAGAACAGCGUGGGAAGGUGUCUUUAGAAUCAGAACUUCAGCUGGGUUCAACCAAAUCAGAUCAUUUGGAAAUAUUCAAAUAAAAUAAAAAACUGCCGAUUUGAUACUUUGUCCUAGUAUAGAUAGCGAUAGAGUUUAUGUUUAUGAAAUUGAAAAGAAUGAUUUGCAUACUGAGGAUCCAAAUAGAUUAGCAAGGAGAGACUGCUCUCAUAUUUAUCUUUAAACAGCUCUUCUUUACUCUACAUCAGAGGGGGAAAGACGAAUUAGGGUACAUAAUACUGCAGUACCAUUGACAAAUAUGAAGCACUUACCAUUUGAAUUCAUUGAUGUGAAUGCUACAACUCAUUAUUUCGCAAGAGCAGCUCUCAAUAUUCUUCAAACUAAUUUGAACUUCACUGUAUGCAGAGGAAUGAUUGAAAUGAACUUGACCAAUCUAUGCAGGUCAAUGCUAAAAUCUCAGCAAUCAAUAAAGCAAUCUCUUCCCGAUAAUAUUCAGUACUUGGUUCUCUACGUACUGGGACUUCUCAAAUCGCAGUUUAUGACUCCAACCAAGCAAAUAGUCCCAGGGGAUGCACUAGACUAUCUGAAUUACCUAAGAUUCGCAAUCAAUUCUAUGAGUCCAGAGGAAACUUUGCCUCUAUUCAAUCCAUAAAUAAUCAAUAUUGCAGACUACAAUCUUGAUGACUAAAAUUUCCCCUAGUUAGAAAACUUGGACAGAGCAUCCAUACUUCCAUCCAACAUCUAUCUAUGCUAUAAUGGCCUUGCUUUAUAUUUCUUUGUUGGCACAGAUUGCGAUCCAUUCUUCAUUUAAACUAUCUUCAAAGCAAAUGAUAUUGCUCAUAUUGAUCGCCUAAUAUCAGAAGAGGAAAUCUUUGCUGGGUAUGAGACCACUCCAUAUCUAAAUUCACUUUACAAUAUCGUAACUUCAUUCAGAUAUCAGAGAUAGCCAUACGUUGAACUUAGAGUAUUAAUUAAUGGAGAUGCCGAAAGCGAAAGCAUUCUUAGAAGUAUGCUGGUAGUCGAUAAUUAAAACUCAGGCUACCCUAUGGACUUUACUAAAUUUUUAGCUACUAUAACUGGAGGUGGUGGGCUUCAUGGUCCAGGAGCUGCUGUUGGUGGUGCUCCUGCUGCAUAUUACUGA